CCUUUCUUAGAUCACGGAUCGACACGGCCUGCCACGGUAUUGGAGCUUGUGCAGCUGGAAAUGGACGCGAACCCUGUCCUCCAGUCCCCUCUCUGACCAUGAGUCCCGUGCCCGACACUCCCGCCCCAGGCCUCGAGCCAGAGGCUACCGCUACCAGCAUCCUCAGCACCGCCUCCAGCGUCACCAGCCCGGCUGCCUCAACCUCGGCCACUCCGUCUCUGCGCCAGCUCCUGCCCGCCAGCGGCGGUGGCGGUAGCAUCGGCCUUCCGAAGUCAGCCCCGCGCCGCGCCUCAUCACACGUCUCCUCGCCGGCGCCGCACAAGGACGGCCCGCGCAAGUCGUCCGUGCUCGCCGCCUGCGAUGGCUGCCGCCGCCGCAAGGUCAAGUGCUCCGGGGAGCGGCCCGUCUGCUUCGUCUGCAGCCGCCGGGGUAUCGACUGCCACUACACCACCUCCGUCUCCGAGACCCACGGCCAGGCCCUCAAGCGCCGCUACAACCAGCUUCACAGCCAAGAGGCCCCCCACCGCAACCUCGUCGAGCUCCUCAAGAACAUCUCCGACGAGCAGGCCCUCGCGAUCCUCCGCCGCCUCCAGGCCGGUGACCAGCCAGAGCUCGUUCUCGGCGAGCUGUCUGCUGGCAGCGCCCUCCUCGAGCUCGUGGUUAAGCCCGAGACGCGCUAUCGUCAGGUGCAGCAGCCAACUACAAUCGCAACCGCAGCUGGCCUGUGCUUGGUCCAAUUCAGGUCAUGUCUCGACCAGGCUGCCAUCAUACACCCCCGAGAGCUAUCUCUGUUCGAAGAUCAACUGGCAAGAUUCUCCCUAUGGACGGCCAACAUUCGAGUCUUUGGUCCAAGUCGCCAAUCCCUGGAUCACCGCCUGCGUGAGGCGUCAGAAGUCUUCGAUAUUGUCCAGGCCUUGCUUGAGACCCUGCAUUAUCGUCUCGAGGCUUGCAUAUCGGCCCUCGAAGCAUUGGGAAGAGAUGGGAAAAUCCAAGUCAAUACCCUCGCACCGGUCGACGAUGCGCUGGAACAAGCCAUCGAAAGUGUUGCAGGUCAGAUCACCUUGUUGCACAAGCUUUCCAAUACCAUACGCCGCGCCAGUAAGCAAGCAAGCACUACAGAAGAGGCUGUCCACUUUGUCCUCCGUAAUGAUGAGGGAGACGACAUAGAGGCAUAUCUGCAUCAAGUGUUUUUGAUGUACCUUCGUGACCGUUUCCAAGGCGCCACGGAGGCCAUAUGCCAGAGGUUAGCCACGACCAUGCUACUGAGGCGCAGAAAGAUUCUGUACCGCCGUGCGAAAUACGGCAGUGGUUCUAUCACGAUUGCUGAACCUUCUCAGGGGCCUAAAAUCGUAUUACCCAACGCGGGAAAUUCCGGGUCGGGGCCCAAACCCUCACAUAUACCACCACCGUCGCAAGCGAGAAGUGGCAAAGCACCCUCUCACGCCCAGAGCGCCACCACUCUGGCCGUCAGGGGCUUCCACCAGGCCUCAACUCCAUCGAUAAUCUCCAUGUCGAAAACCGUCGCUUUCACCCGCCACGAUGCACUCAGCUUCCCAUUGCCUCCCCUGCAUUCUGUGCGAGCCAAACAUGCCCAGCUCCAAAAAACGACGGGCGAGACUGCGGCAUCGAAAGGGACGCAGCCAUCUUCUGUGCACUCAGGACGUAAACUUCACGACACUAAGCCUAGUCUAUCGGACCCUGUUUGGAGACGAGCUGCAGUUGCUGUUGGGGAGAUCACGUGCCCAUACUGCUUCUACGCAUUGCCUGCAGUCGAAGUCAUGGAUGACCAGAAGUGGAAAAUGCACGUCAAGGGCGACCUCGAUCCGUACGUCUGCUUAUUCGACAAUUGCAAUACACCGCACGAGUUAUAUGCACACAGCGCAGAGUGGAUCCGACAUAUGAAGCGCCACGCACUGCGGUGGCGCUGUGCGUCAAAAGCACACGCGGACCAUCUCAGCACUACUCCUCAGGACUACAUUGAGCAUUUGAGAAGCGCGCACAAGUCCAGAUUGUCAGAUAACCAGCUCCGCAUCAUGGCUGAUCGAAGUGCAAGCACCCUCGGGCCACUGUUCCCAGCAUGUCCGCUUUGUGGAGCGACGCCCGGCCAAACAGGCGUCAGCGGUAACAUUGAGGAGCACAUAGUCGGGCACCUAAGGGACAUUGCCAUAAAAUCACUCCCGAUCCAUUACGAUGAGUUCACCGAGAAUGGUGAGGGCGAACAGGGAAGCUCAGCGCCCUCGGGGCACGAUACUCGAACGACAAUUCAAGAUGAGCGGGCGAGACUCCGCGAACAAGGGCUAGACCUACUCCAGGGAGGCUCGUCGAGCCUGCAACAGCAAGAAGCAGCAGACCUCGAUGACGAACUUCUCGCUUUGGUGGGUGUAAUGUCGAGCUCUUCUGAUGUAAGUUCGAGCUCAGAUGAUGCAGCGCAGUCUUCUCCUGACGAGGAAGCCGUCCGCUGCGUUUGUGGUCAUGAUGACUACCCAGGUCCACCCCCAUUUGAGCCUUCGGGAAGACGAAGCCUCAAGGACGAGAGCGUUUUUCAACGCAUCUUCAGGGGUCACGAAGAUAUGGGAGAAUUCUUUAUCCAAUGCGACUUGUGCAAGACAUGGUCCCAUACUGCAUGCAUAGGGAUGGCCAGCAAUGAGGACAUUGAUCAGUUCUUUUGCAGCACUUGCCGUUCCGAGUGGCAUCUGCAGUUCGCCACUGACAGCGGCCGGAAAUAUUCCAUAUUUGUACAGCAACCUUCAUCCUACUGGCCGAUUGCGGAAGAGAUCAAGUUCUCAGACUUAUUGCAGUCCCUCGGAUCUGACUGGGCAUCCAUUGCGGCGCAUCUCGGGACCAAAACGACAGAUAUGGUGGAACGUUAUUUCAACCUGCGGAAGGGCGAGCGGAUAGAUUGGCAGACCAGCUUGGAGGAGGCCGACGCAAGAAUAGCAGCGCAGCAAAGGAGGUAUGUCACGAAUCCAAUAUGGCAGGAUGAGUGGCCGGGACUGAUUAAGCCACGCUUGGACAUCAUCACCAGCUUCGCGUGUGACCAGUGUGAUCAGACAUUCGAUAGUCCACACAAAGUCAGCCGUCAUAGGCGGACUCAUGACCGGCCCUACAAUGCCAGCACCCUAGCUGUGGAAGGACCACUUUUCAAGAGCUACUUCCUCACCCCAUCAUGGGACUAUCCACCAGAUGGGCCCCUGAAGCUGGGCAACAUCAUCAUCUCACCCGUUCAGCCUGUCCCGGCCCUUGUAUCCGUCCCAAUAUCCACAGGUCGAUUGACAGAAACCGGGCCAUCGUCAUCUCCGAGGGAAUCGCUGAACGUCGGCUUCAGAUCCACCAAGCAAAACGUCUCGUGGUCCAGGGAAAAGCAGCUCUCGGGUCAGUUCGGGGUGUGGACGUCUUUUCUGCAGUUCGUGGGCGUCAACGUUGGGCUAGACAUCUCUCGUGGCUCGUCGGAGCUCUUCGAGUUUGACCAGAUGAUUACAGAGGAGCACUACCCGAGCGACGAGGAUCUGUCUCAUGCUAUAUCGUCAUCCCCGCGGGCAAUGCAGUUCCUGCAGCGGCACGGUCUGCGACGGGCAAGGGGUCUGUACGUCGUCGUGGGUGUCAAGACGGUAACUGGCGCCAGAGUGACGCGCAGGACCGCCCGUGAGGCAGGCAUUGAGGGCCAGGUCAGUGCCGACGGUCUUGCCGGAACUGCGUCCGCGGCGGCGGGGCUGCCUGUGUCUCUUGGGCCCAGCAUGGGAUUUAGCAAGGCGGAAAGUGACGAAACAUCUUUCACGGGGAGCGAGGACUUCGUCUUCGCGUUCAGAGUCAGACGGAUCAAGAUCAAGGUUGGAGGAGAUGGGAUUGAUCAGGAGGACUACAAGAAAGGGGUAAUGUACAGCAAUGAGAGGCUUGCUAACGACGACAGCUCAAGCGACCCAAGCUUGCUACAGUUCAGUGUCGCGGGGAUUGCAGAGGACGACUCUAAGGGCGUGGAACACGAUAUGGAGAUGAUUCGAGCGAAUAUUGACCAGGCUCUUGGAUAA